UUGAAAAUCAGGCUGAAGAGUAUGAAAUUAAACGGAAUAAUGUAAAAUAAUAUAACGUUUCCCACCUCCCAUAGUAUAUAUGAACAAAGGAAAAGGAUCGACUAAAUCUUGAUAUUCACUUGAUAGCUAUUUUAUACUUUGUUCUAUUUCAAAACUUCCAAUAUUGCAAUUCAAACCUAUAUUUAUAAGAGAAGAACAAAUAAAAAGUAGACUAUUAUCAUUAACAAUAAUAAACUGAAUUUCCGCAAAAACGGAACAAGAACUUUCAUCUAUUCCACAAAGUAAUACCAUUUUAGGUUGGUACCGAGUACCUUUAUGAUUGACCCAAUUAGUAACAAAACAUAUAUUAUAACUUAUAUUGUUUGGUAAUGAUAACAUAAAAUUAUUAAAGUUAUGAUGUUUACUAAUAUCAACGAUAUUUCCUGAUUCUAUUUAAAUAUUUGGAAGAAUACUUUCUUUAACCAUAAGUUUAUAACAAAAUAAGAAUUGAUAUUAAGUAACAAUUGAAAAGGCAAUAUUUUUCAUGACAUAAAAACAUUCGAAAUUUUUUUAAGAUUUUUAUAAAAACCUUCAAAUCUAAUUACAGAUAAAGAAACAAGUGGUCCACAUUGCAUCAUGAUUCUUGCAUAAUGAAUGAGAUUAUGAUGUUACAGUUAAUGAAUUGACAUAAUAUUUAACCGUGAAAUGCGUUAACAGACUAUUUACAGAUUGUACAGAUUGAUUUCUUUGCACAAAAAGCAAGUAGGCAUGAUGCAAGUGUAUUUUCCAAAAUGGAUUAAAAUUAAAAUAAUUUAUAUUCUUAAAUAGUCGUCAGAAUUGAAGAAAUCAGAAUUUUUAUGUUUAUCCCACACAGUUUCAAAUUCACAUAUAGCUCUUUGUAAAAACAGUUGUCCUACCUCUACGGGAUAUCGAAUGUUUAAAGCGUUAAGCCCAAAUCACAUUAGCGAUUGCCGAUUGCGAUUAACGAUUGGCGAUUACUUUUCAACCAAUCAGAGCAAAGCAGUCGCCGAUUGAGAUUAGCGAUUGCCGUUUAAAAAGCGCUCUAUUUUAUAAUCGUCAAUCGCCAUCGACAACCAAUCGUAGCCAAUAAAAUAAUCACGUGAUUAUUAUAACCUAACAGAAUCAGUAAAGUACUUGUGCCCAUGGUGGACGUCUGUCGUAUCGUACGGAAAGCACUUUAAUUAUUAAAAUUUUAACUCUAAUUAUCAUAACAAUUAGUAAUGAUCAAGGUCCAUACUUGUGUUCUUGAUGGACGCCCUUGGUGGACACGUGUGCCAUAACGGGUGACACUCUUUUGGACACAGCACGAUUGGACACCAACCAAUCAUCUUGACUUAUCUAACCAAACCAACGGAAAAACUCUAGGCAUCGGCCGCUGUGAGUGGUGGUGUCCAAUCGUGCGGUGUUCAAUCGUGCGCACCCCUGCCAUAACUGUCAUAUCGUAAGAAAAGCACUCUAUCUCCCAUCCGGGAGUACCAAAGUGAUAAUCGAACAUUCACAGUCAAAUGUAUUUUGGCAAUUGACUCAAGUGUAUUUAUUUACAAUAUUCAUAAUGCCACCAAAGAAGCAAGCAAUUAGUACUGAUCAAGAAGUUUUAUUAAUUGAUGCUGUAAAAAAUAGACCGCAUUUGUGGGAUGUUUCUCAUCCAAUGUACAAGCGAACAGACUUGAAAGAAACUCUGUGGCAAGAGGUAGCAGAUAUCGUAGGUCCACAUGCAACAGCUGAAACAGUUCGUGAAAGAUUUAUCAAUAUGAGAACUACGUUUAUGAAUAACGAAAAAAGAAUAAGGGAGUCAAAACAAAGAUGCAGUGGAAAAAGUACUGAUGAGAUCUACAAACCUAAGUGGCCAUUCUACACAAGUCUGCUGUUCUUAAAGAAAGCCUGUGUACAAACGGAAAGUUCAUCAAAUCUUGAUGUACUUGAAGACAAUCAAGCUGAUAGCGAAGAAAGAAACAAUAAUCUUGUUAAUUCAAUUAAAAGCAAUAUGUAUUUUGAUACAAAUUUAGAGAAAUGGGUAUUGAUACCACCUGAUACCAAUGCAUCUUUACAUGCUUCACAUCAAGAUGACAGCCAAACAGAUUUCAAUUAGUCUUCAAUUGAAACAGUUGGAUUUUCCGGUACAUCAUCAUUGUCAUCUGAAGGAUUUG